GUCAUCGAAGAACGGACUUGAUCGUUCUAGUUGAUCGUUCUAAAUGCGUCAAAUUGUUACAAAGUUGUUAAUUAUCAACACUUGUAAACAAUUGUCAGCCUGAUUGCUCUCCGAUUUGAGUGGAAACGUUGAGAUGAAAAUUUAACAUAUCCGAGAACCGUUAUGUUUUAUAAUUAUCAACAGUGAAUCAAUUCAUCUCAAAAUGGCAGAAAAUCUUUCGAAACGGCCUCCCAAAGGGAUUUUAAAAUCAUCCAGCAGCUUUGAUAAUCCAGAUAUAUCUAGUUUCAGACCACCAAAAGAAACAAAAUGGGAUGAAAUGAACAUAAUAGCAACAUUGCAUCCAGCAGAGAAAGAUUACGGUCACAUGAAGAUAGAUGAACCAAAAACCCCGUACAACUAUGAAGGCCUGCAGGGUGAAUUCGAGUUUGAUCAAUUAGAUUCUACUGCUGUUGCAGCCAAGUUGGCAGGUAGCAGUAAGCCAAAAAUAUUUGAAGAAUCAAGCGAAGAUGAAGAAGACAAAGAAACUCCCGAGGAAAGGGAAAAGAGGAAAGCAUUCGAAGCGAAAAGAAAACAUCAUUAUAGAGAAUGGCAAGUAGUCCAGCUUGCUCGAAAACAACUACUCGAACAAGAUGAAGACGAAGGGAACGAUGAUGACGAAGAGGAGAUGAAGAAAGAAGAGGAACACGAAGAGGAUGUUCAAAAAGAUGACGACGACAUGUCCUAUCUUUCUGAACAAAUUAACUAUGAUGUUAGAUACAAGUGCAUGCCGUCCUGUGAUAAAACAGAGCAAAAAUGA